CCUCUCCUCUGUUAGUUCGACUUCACCACCCACUGCGACGCACUCGACCUGCCCAUCAUGGUCAAGUCUCGCUCCAUGCGGGGCAUCCUCGUCACGGACAACCUGCCCCAGCUCCAAAAUCUCAUCAAGCGCGACCCGGUCGCGUACAAGGAGGAGUUCAUGAUCCAGUACAACCACUACCUCUCGCUCCUGCGGCUUCAGACUGUCGCGCCUGUGGCUGGCUCGUCGACUAAUGACAAGACGACCGACAGCUUUGAGGACCUCAUUACCUUCGUUUCGCAAUGCGCCCAGUGCUACCCCAAGCUCACUGAGGAUCUGCCCAAGCAGCUGAGCGCGAUGCUGCUCGGCAAGGAUGGGUUUAUGAUGCUCAAGGGCGACACGCGUGAAACCGGUGUGCGCAACCUUGUCAUGCUCCGCAACAAGGAUGUGAUCGACUCGAUUGAGCUGCUCCAAACGCUCCUUCCUUUGCUUCCGCACGUCGGCCGCGACCUGCGACAGACAAUCCGGAAGACAAUCCUGACCGAUCUCAAGACAUCAAACCAAAAGUCCAAGAACCACCGCCUGAACCGCGUGGUGCAGGGCCUUCUCUUCGGCAUGAUCGAGAGCGGGAUGGGCGGUGAGGUCGUUGGCAACAAGGGCAAGGGCAAGGGCAAGGAGACGGGCGGCGAGGCGAUGUGGGCCGUGAUGAUGGUGCGCGAGCUGUGGCGCAAGGGGGUGUGGACGGACUCCAAGACGGUUUCCAUCGCCGCGCUCGCCGCGUUCCACCCAAACACCAAGGUGCAGUCGGCGGCGCUGCACUUCUUCCUCGGGUCGGAGGCAGAUGCCGAUCGUGAGGACGACAGCGACGACGAGGACACUGUUGGGAAUGCGCGGCGUGAUCUCAAGGGCGCACAACAUCGCGCCGGUAUCAACAAGGAUGGGCGGAAGCGACAGCGCCAGAUUGAAAAGCUGGCCAAGGUUACAAGCAAGGCAAGGAAGGAGCGCGCCGCCCAUGUGGCGGUCAACUUCCCCGCGCUUGAGCUCCUUCACGACCCCCAGACUUUCGGUGAGAAGCUUUACGACAAUCUCCACAAGCAUGACAAGCAGUACUCGCUCGAGCACAAGGUGCUCAUCAUGCAACUGCUCUCGCGUGUCAUGGGCGUGCACAAGCUUUGCAUCCUCGGCUUCUACACGUACAUUAUCAAGUACCUCGCGUACCACCAACUUCAAGUCACGCUCAUCCUCGUGGCGCUCGCGCAGUCGGUGCACGAGCUCACGCCUCCCGAUGUGCUCACGCCGGUGAUCCGCAAAUUGGCGCAGGAGUUUGUGCACCCGGGUGUCGGUGCCGAGGUCAUUGCUGCCGGUAUCAACGCGAUCCGCGAGGUAUGCCGUCGCCAACCGUGGUGCAUGGAGGAGGACCUGCUGAGCGACUUGGUCGAGUACAAGAAAUCAAAGGACAAGGGUGUCGCCACUGCCGCUGGCGGUCUGCUUGCGCUCUUCCGCGAGGUGAACCCCGGCAUGCUUCGCAGGCGUGACCGCGGCAAGACGGCGAGCAUGGGCCUUAUCGACGGCCAGGUUGCCGCGUACGGCUACUCGAAGGACGCGGCGGACGGCAUUGAAGGCCUCGAGCUGCUGGACGAGCACUUUGCUGCGAUGCGCAAGGAGGCCAACGGCGGUGUGAGCGACGACGAGGCGGCAUUCGACGAGGACGACGAGGGAGGGUGGGACAACUUUGAGGUCGAGUCGGACUCUGACUCUGACUCUGACGCUGAUGGCGGGGGUUGGGUGGAUGUGCCGUCGGACGGCGAGGACAUUGAGAUGUCUGACUCGGACGAUGACGAGCCAAAGGCAAAGAAGCGCAAGACCAAGGCCGAUGCCGAUGCCGAUGCCGAUGCCGAGGACGAGGAGGAGGCGGUGGACGACGACGCCAAGUCGGUAGCGUCGGCGGCGACCGAGGCCAAGAAGAUGUCUCUUCUGGCGCAACAGAAGAUUUUGACACCGGCGGACUUUGCGCUGCUGAACGAGCUGCGUCUCAAGGCGGCGCAGGAGGCGGUGGAGAAGGGCGGAGGCUCUGCGGCCAAGCGCAAGCUCGCACAGCUCGAGUCGGCGAAGCGGUCGACGACAGUGGAGGAGCAGUCGCGCUUCUUGACCGAAAGCGAGAUUUUGGGCGUGCGGAAGCGGUCAAAGAUGACGUACGAGGAGCGACUGGAGAGCAUUCAAAAGGGGCGGGAGGGACGGGAAAAGUUUGGUUCGCUCAAGGGCAAGAAGGCCAAGGAGAAGGCGUCGUCGUCUACGAACCGGGAGAAGGCGAGGAACAAGCCGUUGAUGAUGGCGGUUCACUCGAACAAGGUUGUGCAGAAGAAGAAGGCGAGUCUGCGGGACAAGCAGAUGCGUCUGCGUGCUGCGAUCGACAAGCAGAAGAAGAUGAAGCAUUAGUUGGAGGGAGUAGAGCGUGGGGGAUCAUGGGUGUCUGGGAUGUACAGUAUUACUUUAUGCUGGCAUAUGCUAGGUCAUGUGUUGAGAGCAUAGCAGUAGUGGGAGUACUUGGUGGUUGAGUGGAUACGGGCAUUACGGGCAUACGGGCAUGCGCGUCGUCGUGCGUCGCGUCUUGUACAGUUUGAUCAGAGAGUAGGGGAUGCCGAAUUUUGGGAGGUGGACACGGGAGGGCGGGAUCAAAGUACGAGUGCAGGAGCCCAAGAGAGUUCUGGCCGGCCAGGAUGACCUUGCCAAAAGGAGACAGCAUCCGAGCCCUUGGGACCUUUGGGACCUUUGGGACCUUUGGGACCUCUGGGACCUUUGGGAGUUGUAUAGAGUAUGUACAUGGGAUAGGAUG